AUGGAAAUCGAUAUACUAAAUGAAUUGCUAUCAGAAUCAGUUGCUAAACUUUUUAAUCCAAGAGCUGUAUAUAAUUUUAAAAAACCCAAUCCAGUUUAUGAUAAUUACUAAAAGAACUCAAAUAACACAUCUUCAUCAUCUAUAUCUUCUAUGCAAUCUGAUCAACCAAAAUUUGAGCAACCAUAAUAAAAAUUAUCCAAUCCUCCAACAAUUGAAUAAUGGGUGAGUGUAAUGGGCCCAUAAAAAUUACAGGAAUCAUUAAAUAAAUCAAAUAUAGAUUUAAAUAAGUUAACAAAAAGAGAUCUAGAAAUGAUGUCUAUGGAUUAACUCUAGAAUGAAAAAAAAAGAGUAAAAAAUGAACUCAAAUUUUAUGAUGCUAAUUUUUAAUCUAUUUUCAAUAGAUUUCCAUUGAGAAAUGAAAAAGAACCAAUGAGACCAUUAUAUAUAUAUUAUAAAAAGUUGAAGUAACAAAUAGAUAAAAUUACUCAAAACCCAGGAAUUCAGAUACCUGCUUAUAAAUAAUCAACCAAUAACACUUAGGGAGACAUCUAAAAAAGAAUAGAAGAUUUAAAGAAAACAAGAGCAGAAUUAAGAGAAAAACUAAAUAACUUUUAGAAUGAAUUCACAACUACGCACAAUAGAAGAAUUAGAUUUCAUAAGGAUAUUGCUCCAGUUGAAAAAGAAUAUAAACUUUACAAAGAAAUUAAAAAUGAAAUCUAAAAGUUGGAGAAUAUCUUAUUAAAGAAAUGA